AUGCGCGCCUACUCUCUCUUGAGUCUGCUACCAUGCGUCCCGCUGCUGGUGUCUGCACAGUGUCCCGAGUACAUCGACUACGCCAAACAGGUACAUGAGCCUCUGAGCUCGGGCAAGUACAAGCUUGCAUAUCAACGCCCCACGGAAGAGUGCCGGACUUUCAAGUCUCAAGGUCUGGAGGACGUCGUAUCGCGCAUGCAGUCCGUCAUCAAAGAUCCCGAUCUUGCGAGGCUGUUCCAGAACGCCUACCCCAACACCCUCGACACGGCGAUCAAGUGGAAGGGAUAUGCUGCGGAUAACGACAAGGAGGAGCUCACCUUUAUCAUAACCGGUGAUAUAAACGCGAUGUGGCUUCGUGACAGCAGCAACCAGCUUCAGAGUUAUUUGCCGAUUCUCAACGCGAGCAGCGAUGCGAAUUCGAUUGCGAGUCUCUACCGCGGCGUGAUCAACCUUCAGGCACGGUAUCUCUUGACCUCCCCAUACUGCAAUGCAUUCCAGCCACCAGUGGAGAGCGGCAUUGCGCCGGCUCAAAACGACGCGGGAAGCCAGGACACCACGUUCCCACCGUAUUCGAACUCAUCAGUAUUUGAGUGCAAGUACGAGCUCGAUUCGCUCGCGGCCUUCUUGCAGAUCUCGACCGACUACUACAAUGCAACGGGCGAUAUCGAUUUCUUCGGCAAGUUCAAAUGGGUGCAGGCUGUCGAGCAAGUACUCAAAGUUGCUCAAAAUAUGACGACGCCUACAUAUGGUCCCGACGGAAGGGUGUUGGAAAGUCCUUAUACAUUCACCCGAUACACAACGCGUGCGACUGAGACCUUUUCGAACGAUGGCGGCGGCAAUCCAGUCGCUAAUGGCACUGGCCUCAUUCGAAGUGGUUUUAGACCUAGUGACGAUUCGACCAUCUUCCAAUUCUACAUCCCCAGCAACAUGAUGUUCAGCGCCUACCUAGCAUCCGCCGCAGACAUCAUGGGUAAACUAAAGACCGACAAGUCGGCCGCCCUAGCGCAGCAAAUGUCAGCAAUGUCGAGCUCGCUCAGAGAUGCCAUCGAAACCCACGGAACAGUGAACCAUACCAAAUUCGGCAAGAUCUAUGCUUUCGAGGUCGAUGGCUUCGGCUCCUCCAACAUCAUGGACGACGCGAAUAUUCCCUCACUCCUCUCGGCCCCGUUCCUCGGCUACCGCAUCGACCCAGAGACUUAUGCGAACACGCGGUCGCUCGUACUCAGUGAAUCGAACUCUUACUUCAUGCGUGGCCCCGUCCUCAACGCGGUAGGCGGACCUCAUCAAGGAUUUGGUAUGGCCUGGCCUAUGGCGUCGAUCAUCCGCAUCUUGACGACCGAGGACGAUGACGAGAUCGUAAACGAAUUGCGGCAAAUCGUGAGCAGCACGGACGGACUUGGGCUGAUCCACGAGAGCAUCAACAGCUUCAACGUGACCGAUUGGACGAGACAGUGGUUUUCGUGGGCCAAUGGACUGUUUGGACAGAUGAUUCUGGACUUGGAGGACAGGAAGCCUGGAAUUCUGGACACGAGCUUCCAGUGA